AUGUCGGAUGGUGGACCUACAUUUCAAGAAACCGUAUUCAGCUGGGUUGUUUCUGGUCGCGUUCCGAGCAAAACAAGAGAGAUUCCAAGAACCAUGACCUACAUGUGUUCAACUACAGAUCUUCGGGAGUUGCUGGCAAGAUUCUGGGAGUUGGAGUCCUGUACCAACAAGAGUACUUUCUCAGUAGAGGAAUCGAUGUGUGAGAAAAUAUUUCGUCAGACUACAGUACGCGACAACGAAGGUAGAUUUGUUGUCACUCUGCCCAAGAAACAGCACGUCAUCGAUCAGCUGGGAGAUUCGAAACCCAGUGCUGUUAAACGUUUCUAUGGACUAGAACGUCGCUUCGAAACCAAUCGUGAGCUGAAGGCUCUGUACUGUAAUUUUAUUCAAGAAUACUUGAUGAUGGGACACAUGCGCGAGGUCACUUCGGAGUAG